CAGGCAACUAGAAAUCAGAUUUGCUGCUUUUCUCUUUGAAUGCACUGCCUCCUCUUGUCUCCUUCCCUGAAUCACUGGAUGCUGUUUUGACUUACAAUCCAUUUUUUUUGUCCUUUUCUGGAUAAUUCUCCAGCAAUCUUCACUGGAUGUAAGACAAGUUUAGUUCGGGAGACAAAACAUCUUCUGAUCCAGCAAAGCAAUCCUGAAGAUUAAUCAUGUCAAGUUCAGUGGAAAACUUUGUUGCUAAUAAUAGAGAGACAAUGGAUACUGUUCUAGAGUUUUUAGUAAAAGGAGCUGAGCUGGUAUUUAGCACGUUGCAGAUGGAAUUUCCUGCAGUCGAGGCAGUAGUUUCACUUGUCCAAACUGGAUUAACUUGUGUGGAAUCAAAGGAACUUACAUAUAUUAAAGACAAAUUUCAGAUAAUUGGGAAUAAGCUCACCGAGAUUUCAAGUGGGUUGGAGAAGGUCAGAAAAGAACUGGAAAAAAUGGAAAUUGAUGACGAGUUUAGUAAUGUAGAGGAAAAUAUUCAUUUUCAGUUUAAAAAUUUGACCGAUUUGCUUAAUGCAAAGCCAGAGCGCAGAGAGUGGAGACAAAAACAGUUUAUCACAGACUAUACCACAAGCCCUGCUGAAAAUGAUAUAGAGCGCCUCUAUUCAGCGGUGGCCAAAGAAGGACUCAGGAAAGAAUCAUUGCUUGUUUUUGUUAAGAAAUAUAUGGAUUUGCAUCGACGUGAUAUUCAAGAUUACUACACUCAUCUUAUGAAACUAUUUUAUGUUGGUCUGAUUGUCACAAUGGCUUUCAAACAAAUUAAAGGUGAUAAUACAGAAAGAUUAGAAGCUACAUGGAAAGAAAGAAUUAAAGGAAUCGAGACCCAGAUGAAAGUUGUGAUAGAUGAAUGCACAAAUAAAUUUCAGCAGCAGGCAAAAACUGAUAUUGAAAAUUUGGUUAUUAAAAAGUAUAAUGAGGCUGACCAGAGUAACGUUAGCAACCAAGAACUUGCCAAUGAUAUAAAUGAUUUUUUGAAGGACAAAUAUGACUGGGUCCAUUGGUCAGUCCGUGUCUAUGAACUGUCAAGUAGUUGUUUUCCAUUUUCAAUGUUUAAUUCAAACUAUGAUGAUGUGUUUGGAAAUAAUUUGUUACCUAUAUCUCCUGGAUAUAACAACCCAGGCCGUAAAAUUGUAGUCUCUUUCUGCAUUGAUCCCAAACCCAUUGACAAGCAACAGAUACAGAAAGCACUUGCAAACCUGAAAAAGAAACCAGCUGCAGAAGAUGUAGCUAAAUACAUUAGCAGCACUGUGUCUGAAUACGUAGUUCAUAUAGUUAGUCAAAACAAGGCAUGGGCAUUUGCUUGCAGUUUUCCAGACGGAUGCCAUUAUUAUGAACGUACACAGUAUGUCAAUAUUUGCAUCCAUUCAGAUCAGCUGCUGGAAGGAGAAUAGAAAUGUAUGUACAAUGGUGAAAAAAAAUACAUAUAUGUAUGUAUAUAUAUAUAUAUAUAUAUAUAUAUAUAUAUAUGAAAACGAUUUGAAUAUAGAGUAGUAAUGUAUAAUAAAGUAGAACAGGAAAUUUUACAUAGGAAAAGGCAUAAAGAAAUAGGGUAAGAUUAAAAUGGGGUAACAGGGAAAUAAAAAUAAAUGUAUAUAUUAUAUGCAGAAAUUAAAAAAAGACAUUUUUACCAAAUGACAAUGACAAGUGCAAGCUGUAAAGUUUCAUACCUUUUUAAAUGGAAGCCAGCACUGUGUAUUUGGCAGGGAUGUUAUCUGCCUAGAUCAUGCAUCUAUUACUCAUAGGAAAAAGUGUUUAACUGAAUACUUCAAUUUAUUCAUGGAUGCUCUGCAACCUUCCUUUGUUUGUCAUAACUACUGUCUUCCCUGUACUGACAAAUCAUGGUCUCUUAACCAGUUGCUUACAUACAUAAAGAAAUGUACAUCUAUAAUCCCCAUUAGUACUCUUGUCAAACUCAUCUGAACUAUCUCACAUGGUGUUUACAUUUCACUGUAUUAGGAACACUUACUCAUACCUUCAGAAGCCACGGUGGCGACAUACCUUCACUGAUAAGGUAACUGGAGUAUGGAAGCAGAUACUUAACUUUUGGCAGUAGGAAUAAAUGCAUUUGAUUAUGAAGACAUAUAACAUUCUGCUUAUAUUGGAUUUCUGUCAUUUCAACUGACAGAUAAAAGCUCUGGAUAACCAAUCAGUUGAAGCAAAACUGCAUAGCAUACCAUGGAAACCGUUGUAUAGCUGAACUUAUAUUGACACACUGAUUACUGCAAAGUCAAAAUCAUAACAAUAACAACUUGAUAUGGUUUAUUAAAAGAAACAUCUACAUCUGCUAACUAAUUUAAAAUGCUAAUUGAACAAACACAACUGAAAAGUCUCAUGUUAUUAAAGGAGAGAAUAUCUACAAUCCUCAUUAUUCAUAAAUGAGUCUACUGACUUUAGUUGAGUAGCCCAUACAUCAACCUAUAAAACAUCAGCCACAAAAGGUUGGCCAAAUGAAGCUCAACACAUUACCACACAUGUAGCAAGAAAGAAACUCAGAACAUGCAACAAAUAUUUUUUUUUUGCGGGGGGGGGGGGGCAAACCUUCUUCUGCCCACAAAACCCUUUACUAAUUAUUUAUAUUAACUCCAAGACUGCACAGUUCCUGGGGAAAGGAAUUAUUCUGCUACCCAGGGAUUUUUGAUCGUGUAUACCUGUCAAACAUCUGUCUGUGUUGACCAAAUGGUGUCAGUCUCCUGGGUGUGAGCAUUCUGUCAUUUCCACAGGAUAACAGACAUGCACACACACACACACACACACACACACACACACACAUAUAUAUAUAUAUAUAUAUAUAUAUAU